AGGUUAGUGUUCGCCGCGGUGCUGGGGCUGGGGAUUCCGAGCGGAGCUGGUUGAGCCCUCAAAGUCCCCGACCGCGCUGGCUGAGGGGGGGUCUCCAUCGGUGUCACUGCGCCAGCGGAGCCGGCGACAGCCAGCGACUCCCGCCAGCCAUGGACAUGAAGAAAAGGAUCCACUUAGAGCUGCGGAACAGGACGCCCUCAGAUGUUAAAGAACUCGUUCUUGACAACUGCAGGUCAUACGAAGGCAAAAUCGAGGGCCUCACAGAUGAGUUCGAAGAGCUGGAAUUCUUAAGUACAAUCAACGUAGGCUUAACCUCAGUUGCAAACUUACCAAAGUUAAACAAACUUAAGAAGCUCGAGCUAAGCGACAACAGAAUCUCAGGAGGACUGGAAGUGUUGGCAGAAAAGUGUCCGAACCUCACGCAUCUAAAUCUAAGCGGCAACAAAAUAAAAGAUCUCGGUACAAUAGAACCUCUGAAAAAGUUAGAAAACCUGAAGAGUCUAGAUCUUUUCAAUUGCGAGGUAACCAACUUGAACGAUUACAGAGAAAACGUCUUCAAGCUCCUCCCCCAACUCACAUACCUCGAUGGCUACGACCGGGACGACAAAGAAGCGCCGGACUCCGACGCAGAGGGCUACGUGGAGGGACUAGAUGAUGAGGAGGAAGAUGAAGAUGUCUUAUCCCUAGUGAAAGAUCGGGAUGACAAAGAAGCGCCAGACUCUGAUGCAGAGGGCUACGUGGAGGGCUUAGACGACGAGGAGGAAGAUGAAGAUGAAGAGGAGUAUGACGAUGAUGCUCAGGUAGUAGAAGAUGAAGAAGAUGAGGAGGAAGAGGAGGAAGGAGAAGAGGAGGAUGUGAGCGGCGAAGAGGAGGAGGAUGAAGAAGGCUACAACGAUGGUGAGGUAGACGACGACGAAGAUGAAGAAGAGCCCGAUGAAGAACAGGGACAGAAGAGAAAACGAGAAGCUGAAGACGAAGGGGAUGAAGACGACUAAACUGAAUAACCUAUUUUGAAAAUUUCCUAUUGUGAUUUGACUGUUUUUACCCUGUAUUUCCCCUCCCCACACCCCUGACCUUUUUAUUUUUCUUUUUUUUUUCUUUUUUUUUUCUUUUUUUUUUUUUUUUCUGAUUGUAAUGUUGCUGUGGGAAUGAGAGGGAGAAGCAGACUGGGUGGGCAAGGGAAUAAAAUACUAUUUUUACUGCCACUCCUCCUAUUCAUUUUAAAUUUUAUUUUUCUUUUUGUCCCUCUCUUAGUCCCUGUAACUGCAAUAGUAAGUAUAAACCAAGUGGUAAUUUGUUUCUUAUUAUUGGAGUGGGUAGUUUGACAUCUUUAAAAAAAAAAA